GGAGCGCUUUGUGAUCGCUUGCGGGGAAGCGGCUGUAGGGUGGGCAUGGCUUGUGUGUGAUUGUUACGGUGGCAGCAAAGCGCAGCAGUGUUUCGCGUGUGCGGUUUGCAGUCGAGACCGUUCAAGUUGGUCCUGCUGAACAUGCGGACGGCGGGAUGGCGGCGCCGACUGCUUUGGCAUCGCAGGCAGCGUCCAGCAACGCGCAGCUAACGCGCACCUUGGAGCGGCUUCUCGAGGACGCCCAACACACCGGCGAACUCAAGUUGAACGGCCGCAAGUUGAAAGAGCUGCCGCCCUACGCGGCCAAAUACGACCUUCGGGACAUUGUACAAGCAGACUUGUCAAAGAACCGGCUGAGCGAGCUUCCCACCGAGCUGUGUGGCCUGGUGCUGCUUGAACGCCUGGACUGCCACAGCAAUGUGCUGCGUGUUGUACCACCUUCCGUGGCUGCAUUGCAGUCCCUAACGUACCUUGACCUCAGCCGGAACCAGCUGAGUGCACUUCCAAUGGCAGUCUGCCAGUUGCCCCUGGCAGUGUUGCUGGUGUCCAACAACCGGCUAGCGGAGCUGCCAGAGGAAUUGGGCAGGAUGCGCUCGCUCAUGGACCUGGACGUGAGCUGCAAUGAGCUGUCACAGCUCCCACCUGGCAUCGGGGAGCUGCAGGCUCUGCGGUCGCUGCGUGUGCGCCGCAACCGGCUGUCCGAGCUACCAGCCGAGCUGUGCCGGCUGCGACUUUGGCAUCUGGACGUGUCCGAGAACCAGCUGGCACGUCUGCCUCCCCUGCUGCGCCUCAUGAACUCCCUGCGCCACCUGCUGGUCGACGGGAAUCCACUGGUGUCCCCGCCUGCUUUUCUUUGCAGGCGAGGUCAGGUGCACGUCUUCAAGUACCUAGAGCUGGAAGCUGUCAAGGAAGACCGGAGGCGAGGACACCUCAUGGAUGCCGAUGGGAGCCUGCCUCGCCGAGGAGGAAGCCGCACACCGGUGGAUCAACGUCCAGCUAACAAUGGCCAUGUCACGGAGCCUGCAGGCGGCAAGCGACCAACCACCAUCGAUUCUGGUUACUGUAGCACCUCAGAUGUCACUGACAGCCGUUGGUCCUUUGAGGCACCGGAGGAUCCUUUGCAACUGCCACUGCGGGCAGUGCCCCGGGAGCAGCGGCACGAGCGCCUUUCGGACCUGAGCCUGUCUUCUGCAGCAGGCGGCACCACCACACCCAGCACCCUGAGCCCCUGCUCUGAGACGGGACCCGAGCCCAGCCCUCGAGCGUUUUUUGACGACUCUUCAGACACGGACAUCUCUGAACACGGUGAGGGUGGCACGCCUAUGCUACUAGACUCGCAGUCAAACGGCCCAGCUCUUCCUGAGCCGCUCCCCAACCAUACAGUCGAGAUGCACAACGGUGAUCACAGUAGCACCUGCGAGCCAACAGUGUCUCCAGCCAGGUCGUGCAAGGACCCUCCUCCUCCACCUCGGCGAGUGCACCAGCAGACGUACCGUGAGUUCAAGGAGGCCCUGAGGCUGCAGCGCUUGGGCCUGGCACCCACCACCACCAAUCACGUGACUGCACAACAGCAGCAGCAACCGCCGCUUAACAGGAUCGCUCCGGAGGAAGAGUUCCGGGCACGGCACGAGGCCAUUGUGCACCAACAGCGACUGGAAGCUGCCUGGGCUCAACAGCGGCUGCAGCGGCCACCCUCUCCGCCUAGCCUGCCGGCAUCACCCUUGCUGGCAUCCAGUGACGGGAUGAGGACACCACCACGGCCAAGCCGCGCUGGCACUCCCCAAGGUGGCGACUUCACCAUCCGCCGAGGCCUGGACAGGGCGCGCGAGGAGCAUGACCUCAUCGAGCAGCUUCGAUGGGUGAUCGAGAGUAGGCUGAAGGUCCAACUGCCAGCUGAAAUUGGCCCAUCGCUUGUGGACGGAGUGGUGUUGUGCCACCUGGCCAACCAAGUGCAGCCACGAUCCGUCGCCUCCAUCCACGUGCCCUCUGCUGCCACGCCCAAGCUGACCCUGGCCAAGUGUCGACGCAAUGUGGAAAACUUCCUCAAUGCUUGCCGCCAGCUAGGAGUGCCUGAGGGGGACCUGUUUGCUUGGGAAGACUUGGUGCUUCGUGUAGACGUGGGCCACGUGGCUGCCACUGUGGCCGCACUGGUGCCUGGCCACUGGCUGCCACUGGGCGCCAAUGGUGCCGACCGUUCUCUGGCGUGUCUGCUCCUGGUCACACUGGCGGGAACCUGCCUGCUGCUGCUGCGUGGAUGGCCACCACACAAUGACAAUAGCGACGAGUGGAGCUUCGUCGACCUUUGGCUUCCUGUGGGGCUCUGCUGCGGCCUCUACCUUCACGCCUGCCUCUCUCAGGGCGCUGUGACCACGCCAUCUGCUAUCGCUAAGUCCUUUUGGGCAAAGAUGUUCCUCUUAAGUUCUGAGGUUGCCUGCAGAGGUCUGUCGCUUUGAGCUGUACUUGCAACUCGGAGAAAGUUUUCGCGGGCACAUUCCCAGAUUUCUCGCAAAAGCCUAUAUGCAGAGUUGCAUUGCACUUUUCUCAUAACCGAAAAAAAAGAGGCCUAGGCUCUUUUUGGUCUUUUCUGGACUACAAAUGAGGAUAAGACUACGUACAGAGGUUUUCAUGUGUGCUUGUAAUGUUUAGGCACAUGGCACUUUGUCUCACCUGACAGUGGUGGUCAGGUUUCUUUAUCUUAUGUUCGAAGGGCAACUUAUGCUAAUCCUCGGACACCCACACUUUCAAUAAUCAUACCCUUUUCAAGGUGCUUGUAAGCAGGACCACGCUGACUAACACUCAGUGCAUUUAGAGCAAAAAAAAAAAUUGGUUUCAGCAAACUGACUGCUGAACUCCUUCUAGCAUCAGUGGUUACCAUAUCCUUCUGUUCUUUGGCUUGCUUUUCGUGCUGCUCUCCUUGUUCACCAUUACGGUGCAUACCACUCAGUUUCAGUCCUUCAGAGCUGUGGCCGUUGUCGGGAAACACUGUCCACAAUGUGACAUUUGUUGCCAAUUCUGCUGCUGCAUCCUCUCUCCGAUGAUAGUGCGCCUUGUUUUGAUUGGCUCAGGCUGAAUGAGAUUAGCCAGCUUAAAGAAUUUUGGGUUGUGCUACCGGCAUUGUCUUCCAUGUGGGCAUCCAUUCCAUGUUCAGCCAAAUGAGACAGCUUUUGUGUCGAUAGGCAGCCCUGUUUGGUUUCAGGUGCCGUACGAAUUCUUAAGAUACCUAGUUGCAGUACAGUAAAAAAGGCAGCACCAAUCAUUGUGAUGCGUUUUCCACUUUCUGUCCUUUACGUUGCUGUUGCAGUGAUGUAGUGGAAUUCCGUUGAUAUGUUUUUCACCUUUGCAGUUUUCCUGCUAUGUCGCAUUUUCGCAGUUCCGACUUAAAGUCCAAUGACUCCUAUGUAUUAUGUCCCCACUUAAUAUGUUGCCUUUCUGUACUGUUCCCACAUGUUAAGUUGUAUUUGAAUGUAGCAGUCAGGUAAAUUUAACUGUGCAGAGGCACAUUUGGAAGUAUAAAGUGCCGGAAGAACGCGGUCGUCAGUCCCGAUAAGCGCGAUGCAGUUGUAGGAGUUGUACUUCUUUUUGGCUGCCUAAAGUUAUCUUAGCUGCAAUACAGCCGUGUUAAGCUGGAAAGCAUAUUGAGAGUGGAAAGGGGCCACUGUAACGUUACAUAAAACGUGUCCCUUAAUUAUACAUGUGCACAGAGCCUUUCCUGACAUUGCUAUAGCAGUUUGGGAUCUUCUUUGCUGUUAUGUUAUCCCGGCUGUUACGCGAUUUUUUUUUUCCAGCAGUUCCUUGAAAAACGUAUCAAUGGGGUUUUACUGUAUUAUGAAAACAAGUCAUUUCCUUUUUUCAUAGUGUGGUAUGUUCUAAUGAUGCCACACUAGUAUUCAGUUUAAAGCAGCGCUUGUUGAUGCCCAGCUACAUUGCCAUCAUCUGGACCUCAUGCAAAAUUUUGAGGCCAUAUUGGAUUGGUUCACAGUAUCAGCCUGUGAAAUGUAACGCUGUGUGUAGUUGUCUAGUCUGUUGCCUGCAUGCUUUAUGGAUUCGAUGCUGCGUCUUACUCAGAUCCUUCAGACCAAGUGCUCGAAACAGUUCUAGUCUAUCUACACUGCCGCUUUCAUCAGUAGCCUACAAGCAAUGUCUGCUCUGCACCUUAGGUCAACUUUUGUACUUCUGCUGAUAUUGCUUAACUGAGCCUGUAAAUACUACGUGAUUCGAUGCGGUUUCCUACUCGGACGCUAAGACCAAAUGCUCGAAAGGGCUCUAUCACUUUUGUCAGUAGCCUGCAAGCAGUGUCAUCUGCUCUUUCCAAAGGCCCUGCUCUGUACCAUAGCUUUUUUACUUCUACUGAUUUCGCUGAAGUGAGGCUGUAAAUAUAAUGUGGUGGCUAUCUUUUACUGCCUCUAUAUUUUUUACUUGGCCUUAACUUACAAGUACUAAUUCCGACCAUAUUUUUAUAUAAGCUUUUCAGUGCUUCCUUUCUAAAUUAGUUUAGGAGUCACUGAGCAAAUGGAGUCACACUGAACAAAGCUAUUGUAUGCAGACUUUCUGAGCGAUACGUACUUAUUUAUAGUUCAUUGAAAUUUCUUAUAGUAAUCGUAAAAACUACUCUGAAAAAGCUGCAUCAAAGGGUGAAUGAAAGACAUAUCUAGAUUUACAAACCAAACUCAUUGAUUGUUUGCCGCAUUGCAACUCAAUGCUGCUACUUAAAUGUACGCCAAUUUUGUUAUGUUUUCUCAGACUGAGGAUCCAAGUGAAGCCAUAGGCACUUUCAUUGUUCUGACCCUGCUAGCUGACAUUUCGAGAUGGGUGGCAAUUUAAUGGUUCUGGGACACUGUUUUUGAGCACUCAAACAUUCAUAGCUCAUGAACCCAGGCUCACACUCUUAAAAUGGACUGAACAUAAUUGGUCUAUUCUAAACAGUAAGCACAGGCAGUUCUGCUUUUUACGUUCCUUAAUUUUUUUCCACAUGGCAGUUAUGUUGCAAUACACUGCGAAGUGUACAUUCAUGUGUUAUGCUAUAAUAGUCACCCCACUAGUAUUUUUUGUAAUAAGUGCUGCAUUUGUUUGUGUCACACUUGAAGAAACUGGCUUACGAAGAGGCUUUAGCUCAGAUAUAUUCAGAUAUAAAUGCUGUCAUCAGAUGACCACUGAAUUGAUCUGAAUUAUGUUUUGUUUGUUUUUUUGUUUGCUUGUUUUGUUUUCAUUUAAGAGAAAUCUAAAUUCUAUUAGCUCUUGGAAACACAAUUUCUUUUAUGGCCUUAAAUGUUUUGCAAAUAUUGGCAUAAGUUAGAAACUAUCAAGAAAAAAUUCAAUCGCCAAGUUUACGAUUCUAUAGCCCUGCACCAAACACAGAUAUCACCGUUCUGUAAACUAUAUCUGUUAGAUUGCCUAAAACGUACAAAUGUGAUGUAUUAAUUCACAACAUAUGUAAAAUAAUUGCAUUGGUUAUAAUUUUUAUUGUCAGAUUUGCAAAUUAUUUGUACUAUUCGGAGCAUUUUAUAACAAGUUUUGGCCUCUUAAGAUAUCUGAAUAAAUGCAGUUUCCAGUGUGUGUGUGUGUUUUUUUUUUUUUUUUGGCAAAGUAACAGCGUUGUAAAUGUUAUGCUUGUUGAUUUCUCCCUGAUUUUCAGAUUUUGGCAGAUUAUGUCAAAAGGCUUGAUGGCAUGCAUCAUAAAUUUGCUUACAACAGUCAGUAAACCUCUUGUUUUUUUCUUUUAUAUGCAACAAACCUCAUUAAAAUUAGUUCAAUGAAUACUUAUGCUUAUAUCCCUUCCCACGUAUUUAGAUAGGACCUUGCAAGAUUAAGGUUCCUCUUAAAUUAGAAAUGUCAGCCACAUCGGUGCAAGGUAGGCAGCACAAACUUGAUCGGCUGAAGUGGGCAGCAUAUCUGGCCCAACCAACCUAGCAUAUCCAUAUAUUGUCGUAAUGAUUGUCGUGAAUUCAAACUUAUAAGCACUGGAGCUACUAAGCACUCAUAAAAGCCCCUGUUAGGGCAGCACUUUUAAUUUCCAGGCACAACCCACAGAGCAAUGCUGCACUUGGGCAAGUUGCUGUUGACGUAAUUAUAGCCAGUGCAUUGUGCAAAUGUGACAAUGAAAUGGGAAGGAAGCACCCUGCAUAGGUGCUUAUUCCAGCACCCUCAUUUUUUUUUUUUUUUUUUUUUUUGUCUGUCAUGUCGGAACCUUUAAAACCCUGAAGUGGCCCACGUACAGGAUGUCCCACAUGAGUGGUUCGCAGAAGUGCAACUAAGCUUUGAGCAAUAAUACUCUUGUACUAAGCGAAGACGAAACUGUUGCAUUGUUGUAUGUAUUUAUAUUCUUAGUACUUAAGGCUCAUUAGACAACUUUUUUUCUUUUUUUUUAUGUAGCUAAGAUGUCAGAAAAAGGUGAGCGAGGAAGUUGGAAAUCGUCAUGCAGAGACAAUUUAUUUUGGAGGCGUUUGCAAAGCAUUAAAGGAAACUUAAGAAUCUUAAAUAUACCUUGUGCUGAGCUUUAUGGGCACUUUUCAUAACCCAUCACUGCAGUGUGCCCCAGUUGACUCAAACUUCUUAUUCCUACAAAUGCUUCACUCGUUUUGUUCAGAUUUUAAAAUGGAAAUAAAGGUUCAGCUCAGCGCUUCCUUGGUGUUCAACAACCAUCAGACUCAAAGUUUCUAUGUAUCUACGAUCGUUGAUUAAAUAGGUGGUCAUCAUGCACGUUGAAGUUAUCCUCCAACACAGACUUUGUCGCUUAUGCAUUGCGCAAUCCUUUUUUGCAAACUGCAGGUGCCAUUUGGUAUAUCUUUCUUGUUCAAAAAAAUGUGCAAGGAGGAGUUGCAAGAGUUGUCUCCCCCAGUGUUAAUUGAGUCUAAACAUGAGCAUUUUCACAUUGUAUUCAGUGCAUCACAAUGAAAUUUUUUUUUAAUCACUAGAUUUGAGAAAGUAUGUGAGAAUAUGUGAAGGGAAUGUGUGAAACUAAUUAGUGGGAGCCUUAAAAAGUAACAGCGCAAAAGCUUUAUUAGUGGAUUUAAGCACAAAACUCUCUUCAGCUGCUUAUCAAAAGCUUCAUUUCGCUAUCGGCCAAGUAUGGGUGUCCAGCUGCUGUGGUCAUUUAGGUUCAAACAGUUUUGGUCCUCUUUGGCAUUGAAGGAAUUUGACAUCUCAACAUUGUCUCCCUUACUUGUUGCAGCAGUUGCCCGGUGCAUUAUUUUAUGCACGAAUUCGAUGCGUUCUCCGAAACUUGAUUCUUCUGAAGCAUUAUAGCUGAAGUGUACUUGAAAGGCCUUGCCUUGGCUCACAAGUUGGCAUGGGUAUCCAAGUUGCAUAUGCUUUCCUUAAGAGCUGUUUGAAUCCCAAUGAGUGAUGUGUGAAGCUAUUAUUGUAUGAUCCCUCUAGUCCUGACUGUUAAUAGCAAAUCUAUCGAAAACCCCUUUUGCCAUUUCAUAUCGGGGCAUUAUAUGAUAAUAACAAACGCCUCCAUUUUUCUCUGUGGUUUAGCAUGUUUGCCAUGAAAGAGUACAUGCAUAACGUGAUAUUCGCACUGUAUCUAUUGAAGCUGUGUAACCAAUGACGCAGAUGUUCGCAUUUUUUCACUUUGCGCUGCUACCGCCUUCAGGAAAGGCAGGUGUUGCUUCUGGUCAGAGUGUUUUAGCGGUUGUUUCAGCCCCCCCUUGGGCAUUGCUCGCAUUUUGUGCCUAAUGUUGAGGCCCUUGAGGCUUGGCUUAGCGCUGUACGCCGUUUCCCCAUCACGGACGUACUUGUUUGGAAAAUCUCUUUAUUUUUGUGCCUGCUGCUGGUGUGGGCAAGGUGUGGGUGACUUGUGUGUGAUAAUGGUUUCUGGAAACAAGACAACGGAGCCAGGGAUGUGAUUGUGUUGGGCAAGCUUAGAGAAGCCCUUGAUGGGCACAGUUUUUCACCCACAUUCAUAGUUCCGAGGUAAUCCUGCUGUUACUUAACAUUCCGGGCCUAGUGAGCAGCUUGUCACACCUUCCUUCUGAAGCAUGGAUGUGUCUUUUUCACACCUGCGUGCAUUCUGAGGGGUGCAAGCCUGACACCGUAAUGAACAAAGUAUAUACAUUGUCCGACUGUUUCUGUGUAUUGUUCUGUCGUAAUGCUGUGUGUGUUUUAGGUAAACUUGACAGGCAGCUGGUGUUUGUUUUCUGGUUCUGGAAGCUUGCAUGUGAGAAGGCUCCUCCAGUGAGAGCUUAACUUGAGUUGUGAACACUGAUAGCCCUUGUUUCAUUUGUUUUGUCACGUUCGUUCGCUCACAUCGAGAGGUCUGUGUAUAAACGGCAAGGACACAAGUAGUAUUUUACUGUGGAAGGCCUGCUCACUAGAGGUCAUUGAGCAUGAAAGGCAACGAAAAAGAUGUGUACACAUGGCAACAGACACUGUACUCCGAAACGCCUUCUAUCUGUUGAAAGCUAACGUAUCUCAUAGUUUAAUGCAGUGUUGUGCAUUCUGUCUUCAACAAUUAACUGUGUGUUUUCAAAGUGCUGCUACUAGUCAAGAUGCAUUUUUAUUUUUAUUGAAGAACUUAUAGACUUGAAACCUUGAUUUCCGGUGCUUUUUGAUAUGUUUUGUACCUGCAGUUUAGUGCAUCAUUUGGUGUGCAUUUUUUAUGGUUUGUGUUUUUUUGUGUCCCUGAAAAAAUAUGGAAGCUGUAUAGGUUUAAUUUACAACAGCAUAAGUUUGUAUAAGUUUAGUCAUUAUUGUUGAUUAUUUUUCCCAGAGAGGUCUCUGGUGCCUCUGUUCCACUGAAAUGGUCUGGUGACUGUUUUCAUAUCCUUUGUAGUAUUGGUUCUACUUGUCCUUGCUUUUGCUCUAGAAUUUUGUUUGCAGUAUUUUUCUGUAUUAGAGCCGGUGAAGUAUUUUGUGGCUGACUGCUGAUUCUGCUUCCUAUGCAUUACUACUCUGUCAAAUGGUUCUCAGCCACCUGUUGGUUGCUCACCUCGUGUGGACUCGUCUGUGUUUCUAAGGGUCACGUGCUUGUGUCCGAAGGAGUGCUCAGGGAAAUUCCCUGUGUGCAUUGUUUGUUGAACAGUGAUGCUAUCGAAAACCAGUACCUCGUGUCUACAGGUUUACCAAAGGUGCUCUGGCUUUAUGGCAGUUGGAUGACGAAAGUAGGAAUACUGAACUUGCAAAAAUGUACAGUGACUUGAAUGUUAAUUCCGACAACUUUGAAAGGUUUUGUGCUUGUGGCUUCUUUUUCACUGAAAUCUAAUAGCAUUGCAUUUUCGGUCUGCAUCACCAAAACACUUAGUGUUAUUGCUUACCUUAAAAAAUAUUUUUGAAAAUCUCUGCUGUAUGUGCACCUUUUCAUAGGAAAAACAAGCCACUUCAAGGACAUGAACUGGCUUCACUGCCUGUCCAACUACUAUGAAAAGUCAAAAUUAACCAAACCAACAGCGAUGUUUGGAAGGGAAAUUCAAGUGAAAACAUACACCAGUAAGCACAAAACUUUUUAAAGUUGUAAUAAAAAAUGGAAGUCACUAUGAGGCAAGUUUUGCGAGGAGAGGCACGUAUGUGUAAUAGUUUGAAAAAUGAUUUCACAAUAUAUUCAGCACUGUGCUCCAUAUAGAAGAUGCAAUCAUUUCUUCUGUUCCGUGCAUCAAAGCGUACCUUACCUACUCGAAAUGAUAGAGAAAGUCACCUUAAUCGAAAUGAUAGAGUAAGAUUUGCAUAAAGCCAGCCUUUCAGUGUCGUGCAUACGGCAUACUUACGCAGUAGGGUGUGCAGGUUGGCGAUGAAGUGAGGACAUGAUGAAGGAAAAAGAAACAAGUGCGAACUGGUCAAACAGCCUAUCUAUGGCACUCUUAAAUAAACUGUACACCCUGUACAGCUUAAUAUUGCCCAACAGUAGUCAUUCAUCUCACACGUGCUGAUCUUUAACACUCCGCACUUGGUACUUUCCUGGUAGGAAUGCCAUGCACUUCUCAGUGGCCCAUUGUGUUCCCGACAGGAAAUUACUGGGCGCACACCAGUAAAACAAGGAAAUGCACACGUCAGUAAUGAUUAUUGUUAUUGUUGGGAAGAAAUGACAUGCUAAAGGCGUGUGCAAUUUUUAAGAGUGUACUGUGAUUUGUACUUCUGGGCCUGGGUGCAUGUGUACUCAGACUCUUGGGGCAUGCUUCGCUGUGGUCGCUCAUGUAUCUGCUAAACCAUUCUACUUAAAACCCACAACUAGAGUUGCAUGAUGCAUUUCAUUUGCUUUAGUCCUGAAGUCUCACCUCUUGUUGCAUUCAAGCAAAUACGGUAUUUGAAACUCCAGCGAAGUGUUGGUAAGGCUAAUCUGUCACUGCUGAUUGAGCAUUCGGCAUAAAACCUUGUUGCCAGUGUGCCGGGUGGCAGUGUAUUCUAGAUGCCCUGGAACAUUCACGCCUGUCUUUAUGUAACUGGCUUCAUAUAGCCUGCAUGUUUGGACUGUGCCUGUCCUCGUUGCUGGAACGAGGGCUUUUGCCCAGCAGAAGUGCCUGUACUGAAUUCCUUGCCUUUGGGGGAAAUUUAUGUUGGAUUAAGAAGUGGCCACAACCACUGCACAAGUUGUGCAUUCUCCACAGCCCAGAACACCUCAUGCACUGCUCACGCUGCUUCCUUGUGUACACUGCAAAAAGGCAGCAGUCAGUGUAAUGCAGCCAGAUGCACAUGCUGGCCUUGUGCCAUGAAAUGUCCCGAACAGCUCAGUACCAAAGCUCCACCCCGCAAGGCUCGCUUUUGUUUGACGACAGUGAUUAUUAUUGCAGUAUAAGGGCAAGGUGCGCUAGUCUAUGCGAUUAUAAUUGUUGAGAAUACUAGUUGUGAACCUAUGCCCUCAAAAUGUAGACAUGCUGGCAAGAGGCGGUGGGGGGUGAAGGAAGGAAGAGAAAUGCACCAAGAGGAAAUUGGAAGGAAACAGGAGCAGUGUAGAGUGGAAUACACCAUGAGGCUCAAAUGCAGGUCUUAGAAAGCGUUCAAUGUAAAACAACAAAAAAAAAGACAAAAAAAAACUUAUAAGUGCACCUUUUCAGUGUCCGGCAGGCUUUUUUUUUUAAUGUUGUAAGGGGAAGGAGUGCGUGAAGACAAAGAAAAGAAGGGAGUGAAGGGGCCGUAUUCUGAAACGUUCCACUUCGGCGAAAUUUCUUUUUCGCUUUCAGGCGCGCCUGUUUUAGCAAAAAAGGAUGAGCUGAUUGGCUGGUUGAGCCCGACGUCAUUAAAUUUUGCUCAACCAGCCAUUCAGCGCGCGCCUGAAAGCGAAAAAAGAAAUUUCGCCGAAGUGGAACGUUUCAGAAUACGGCCCAAGGUAGAUCAGCGACUGAAAUGGGCAGGAGCAUUUUUAUGACAGCAGGUGAGGUUAUGUUAGGUGGAGUGGUGGUGAGCUUAUGUAUUCAGUGGCUGUGGUGAGUGCACAAGAACUGCACAUCCUCAGUCGUUGCCCUGUGCAAGGUUGCAUGGACAUUUUGGGUCCACUUUGAGGUGCCCACAGAAGUGAUGACGAAGCCAGAUCUAUUUUCGCUUUCUUUUUCUGCAAAGAGAAGUGUGUGGAUAGGUCUUCUGGCGUGUCUGAUGAAACUGUUAAGUCCUUUGAAAUGUAAGCACUCUUGUUCCAGCUAAUUAUUUUGUUAGCAUUCUAGAGAAUAUGCGCAGUGUGACUAUAUAUAUAUAUAUAUAUAUUUCUUUUUCACUGUAACCAGAAGGACAGUCUUCUCUCCUGUAUUUUCAUGCUGUUGUGUGCUUGCAUGUAUGAGGAACGCUAGAAAAGUAGUCUAGUAAUUUCAGUGUGUGAAAUCAAACUGUGCUACAGACCUGUUACUCAUGGACAUAUAUUUCUCUGAAAUAAAGAUACUUAUGUAACUU